AUGCCGGAAGAACAAGGUCAAGUGCUCGGGCGAAAGACCGACGUGUUUUCGCUAUCACAGGCACUUGGUCGAUGUUCAAACAACUGCAAAGACCGCGAUCCUACCAUCUACGAAGAGUUGAUGGGCUUGCUCAAAAACUUACCUGAACAAGAUGCUCAAGAUCUUUUCAAGAGAAUCAGGUCUGGAGCAGAUGCUGGGUCAGUCCUUCAGCAGGCUAAAGCCGGGGAUGUUAUGCUUCAGAUGGCUGUUGUGCCUGAAACUCGGUAUCGAUAUGAGUUUCCCUACAGAUCAGAUAUGCCCAAAGACUUCCAUAUCGACAAUCCCUACUUUAAUUCUCUCAUAUACGAGACAGCUUCUCUCUACUCGUACGGGAACGGUCCGGAAUUGACUACACCAAGCGGUUUUGCCGACCUUGUUUCCCAAGAGCAGCAGAGCAUGUACUUGAAACCUUUCCAUGCAGCACAAGUCGUCGAACCACUUUUAGACGAUGCCAAAAUAUCCUCUUGGACUAGUGUCAGUAAUGACGAUGUACUCAUGAGGGAUCUACUGCGUGUGAUGUUCCGCUGUGAGUACCAAUUCACUGCAGCCUUCCAGAAGGAUUUAUUCCUCCAAGAUAUGGUUGCGGGACGGGAGGACUUUUGCUCUUCCCUUCUCGUCAACGCUGUUCUUGCCUAUGCUUGUGUCUGCUAUCCACAAAUGUCUAAUCGUGUAGAGUAUUGGAAUCCAAACAACCUACUAUAUCGCUUCACUGCUGAGGCUAAGCGCUUAUGGGAGCUUGAAGCCAAAGUACCCCGAAUCACCACCAUACAAGCUGGUAUAAUUUUCACUGUAUUCCAUAAUCUUUGUGGGGUCGAUGAGAUUGGGAAACCCUACAGGCUACAGGCAGUUUUCCUGGCUCAUCAACUUCGCAUCUUUGAUACUGCGGUGGCAGAUCGGUGUGAGAGACUCCAAAGGGGCAGAGAGUACACUGCAUGGGCUUUGUACAACUGGGAGACUCUUUCAGCCUUUUCAUUCAUGAUCGCUCCCGUCAUCAAGAAACCCCCAGUCUGGGCCCUACCAGAUCCCUUGAAAGAUCCAUCUUGGUAUGGCGAGACAUGGGUGAGAUACCCACUGAACCAUGGCCUUUUGCCCUUGAAUAUGGGCCAAGUCCUUCGAGAAAGGUGCCAGUUUCGGAUCAUCAUGAACGAGUACAGCAAUGCAGCCUACUCAGGGUACAAAAUAGAUCUUGACCUCGCCUAUCAUUUUCAUGGACGUCUACAAAGUUGGUAUCAUGAAUUACCAGAAUCUCUAAUACCUAAGAGGAUAGUUCUUCCAGGACACCUGCAGCUUCAUAUAUCUUAUCAUCAUCUGAUAUUGACAAUUUUUGAGCCUCUGCUCGACGAGGCCAACACAAGAGGAUACCCACCUCCUCACAUAGUCAGCAGCGCCAAGAAGAAUAUCCAAACCCUUGUUAGACUUUAUUUUCUCCGACACGGCUUUGAAGCAAUGGACCUUUUUAUGGUUAUACCUCUUGUGAUGAUUGGCUUUGAGUCCGCGAAUCUCAUCAACCAUGAGACCCCAGCAGAUGAGAUUGAGUCGUUGCGAGCGAUACUUAUUCUGGUUGCUCAAGGGCUCUACCAUCAACGCCGAAAUCAUUACCUGGCGCAAGUUCUCUUUCGAGUCAUCCGAGGGAAAAUGCGUAAGCAGGAGAUCGGGCUUCUAGAAAGUUCAAUGGCACUUGGGCUAGGCGAUGUUGAUCGCGAUUCGGAAUUGGCUGUUGCUGUGCGAAGUGAAUGGCCGGUCACCACUGUCAAGAAACAAGAAGAGAUCGAGUCGCGUGUGUUGAGUAACCUUGUUAAAAGCUUCGGCGAUAUGAGCGUUGAAGGAGAGAAAUAA